CUCAGUUACUCUUUUUCUUGUAACAUCUUCACAUCUGGAAAUGAGAAACUGCUCCCUUACUAGGUUGCUUUUGCACAAGACAAGCAGAACCUUUCAUGACACUGCCAAAGCUUGGAAUCAACAACAUUUAUCAAAGUGGAAAGCCACAUUGAAGGAGGUGGCAAUUAAUGUUCCCAAUGACAGAGAAAAUGCGUGCAUAUACAGGGUCCCCGUUAACAUGCGUUAGGUGCAACCCGACGCCUAUGCUCCCACUAUCAUCUCAAUCGGUCCUUACCAUCUUGGACAGGAAAGGUUACAAGCAAUGGAAGAGCUGAAAUGGAAAUUCUUUCACCGCCUCUUUCGUCCAAAACAGCCUAAUGGGGUGGAACUAGACCCAGCGAUGAAAGCCAUGGAAGAUUUGGAGCAGGAUGCUCGUAGGUGCUACUGGGACAAUGCUGAACAACAUAGUAAGGAUAAAUUUGUUAGGAUGAUGCUGGUUGAUGGCUGCUUCAUUGUGGAGCUCUUGAGAGAGUUGAAGCACAACAACUUUCAGUGUGCUCCCUCUGUUCAAAGGUGGAUGCUGCCUACUCUUCGUCGGGAUCUGAUCAUGCUUGAAAACCAGCUUCCACUUUUUGUUUUGCAGAAAUUGUUUGAGCUGACCAAAAGAUCAGAAGAAUCAAGCACUUGCUUGGAACAGCUUGCCCUUUGUUUUUUCAAUCCUCUAUUGCAGUCUCAAAGGGGUGUGCGGGCCGUGAAUGCACAAGGAAUUCAGAACAGGUUGCACUUUCUUGACCUUUUCAGGAAAAGUAUCCUCCCAUUUCCUAUAAACUUAUCACAAGGACUAAAAACUAGCAAGACGAGCGAUUCAAGCAAUGCAGCAGAAGAGGGGAUUGACAUGGUGCGGUCCAUGACGGAGCUAAUGGAAGCUAGCGUCGUGAUUGAGAAAGCUGUUAAUUGUCCUCCACUAGAUGUAAGCUCCGAGGGGAGGUGGCUAAAAGUCCCUCCUCUAUACAUCGAUGAUCACAAGGGAACCCUGUUUCGAAACAUGGUGGCCUAUGAACAAUGCCAUCCCAAGUGCAAACCUUAUGUCACAUCGUAUUUGUUCUUUUUCGAUGGUUUGAUUAACUCAGCUGAAGAUGAAGGAUUUAUUCACCACAAAGGGGUUCUUCACCAUUGUUUAGGUAGCAACAAAGAAGUGGCAAAACUUUUGAAUGGACUGUGCAAGGAAAUAGCAAUGGAUGGUAGGGAGUCUUAUUUAUGCAAAGUAGUACACGAUAUGAACACUUAUUGCAAUGGCUCCUACGCUUGGUUUAGAGCGGGGUUGGUACACCAUUAUUUCAGAAGUUGGGUGGUAGGCAUCUCCACCCCUGGAGCUAUUAUAGUUGUUUAUCUCUCACUAAUUCAAACGGGAUUUACAUUUGUAGAAGAUCCCAAGAAUCUUAACAGACCCUUUCAUCAUGACCUAAUUCAUUGCCUACUUCUACCUCUUAGUCAUUUGUUUUCUUUCAAAAUAAGCGAUGAGAAUGAGAAUAAAAUUUGGAUGUAA